UCCUACAGCUGAGGUGGUUAGGCAUCUAAUCAGGCUGCCUCCUGGGCGAGGUGUUCUAGGCAUGUCCAAACGGAAGGACGCCCCAGGGUACACCCUUGCCACAGAGAGAUUACAUCUCUUGGCUGGCCUGGGAACACCUCAGUAUUCACCAAGAAGGGGACAUCUCGCCUGAGCCAUGUCUGGACUGAAUGCGUCUCUCGGAUACUUUGUGGCUGCUGUGACUUUUGUAGUCUCAGUUCGAUUUCUCCUUAAAAAACGGCCACGGUUCAGCUUCAUCUCAGAGUUUACAUCUUCUUUUAUGCUGGUGGCAUGUUGGCUGGAGGUGCAGACCAUCGUGGAGGUGGGCGAGUGGGCCGGGGGUUUGGGCCCUGAUGUGACUUUAACCAUACUGUUUGUGGUAUUGCUCACACACGGUAUAAUCUGUGGUGAUGCAUCAGGGAAUCCCAGCCUGGCUGUGCAGAAAUUCAUGAAGCUUGAGGCCACCACCGUAACCACACUGCUUGAUGUUGCUGCCCAGUUUAUUGGGGCUCACCUAGGCCUUCUUGCAGCCAAAUACUACUGGAGCCUGGAGCUGACAGACAUGCACAUGAUCAAAAACCUGAUGAUCAGUGAGUGCAGCACAUCUCUGCUGGUUUCUGUGCUUCAGGGAUUUUUUACCGAGUUUGCCUGUGCCCUCAUCUUGCACAUCAUCCACUUAAACCUAUGCCGCCGAUCUGCUCUGAUCAGAGUGCCGCUGAUUGCUGUCCUCCUAACAUUCCUGUCCCAUUCAGCCAAAGGUUAUACCUCAGCUUACAUGAAUCCAUCACUGGCAUAUGGACUCACCUUCCACUGUUCUGGAUUUACCUUUGCAGAGUAUGCAGUGGUUUACUGGCUGGGCUCUCUCACAGGUAUGACUUUGGCUGUUCUCCUGUACAUGGGCCAUAUUCCCAGAAUCUUUGCCAAGAAUCUGCUAUACUCCCAGAAGACACGUUUCAGAGUGCCCAAGACAGACAAAGCAGAAAUGCAAAUCUUUACUUACCAGUGCUCAGCUGUAAAGAGAUGUUUUUAAUUUAACAAUUUAUCAAAAAUAAAAUCUUCAA